AGUGUGGCUCUCUGUUCUGUUCUCAGUCUUGGCGUGGGCCUUCUCCGAGCGUUCUUCCGGGGCUGGGGCUGGACCAUGCUGACUCCGCUGAAAGCAAAAUCAGAGGGGAAGCUUGCAAAACAGAUUUGCAGAGUUGUGUUGGAUCAUUUUGACAAACAGUAUUCCAAAGAACUCGGGGAUUCCUGGAAUACAGUAAGGAAUGUACUAAUAUCGCCAUCAUUGUGGCAAUAUGCCAUCCUCUUCAACCGAUUCAAUUACCCAUUUGAACUGGAAAAGGAUUUACUCUUGAAGGGCUAUCACACACUCUUUCAAGGAUCUUUACCCUCUUAUCCUACAUCAGUGAAGUGCUACCUCAGCAGAACUCCUAACCGAAUGCCUUCAGAAAGACACCAGCUUGGACACUUGAAAAAGUACUACCUCCUAAAUGCUGCUUCUCUUUUCCCAGUACUGGCUCUGGAACUGAGGCACGGGGAGAGUGUUCUGGACCUGUGUGCUGCCCCUGGGGGCAAAUCGGUAGCUUUGCUGCAGUGUGCUUGUCCAGGUUAUCUGCAUUGUAAUGAAUAUGAUAGUCUGAGAGUAAGAUGGCUGAGAAAGACGCUGGAAUCUUUCAUCCCACCGCCUUUGAUAAAUGUAAUUAAAGUAUCUGAAUUGGAUGGCAGAGAAAUGGGAGAUGCCCAGCCGGAAACGUUUGACAAGGUGUUGGUUGAUGCUCCAUGUUCAAAUGAUCGAAGUUGGUUGUUCUCUUCCGACUCUGAGAAGGCUGCCCACAGGAUCCAUCAAAGGAACAAUUUGCCUGUUCUGCAGGUAGAACUCUUAAGGUCUGCAAUUAGAGCCUUGCGUCCUGGAGGAUUGCUCGUGUACUCUACAUGCACACUGUCCAAGGCUGAAAAUCAAUGUGUGAUCAGUGAAAUCUUAAACUCCAGUAGUAACAUGGCACCUGUGGACAUAAGUGGAAUAACAAGGACUUGCUCCCAAGACUUCACAUUCUUUCCCACUGACCAGGAAUGUAGCCUCUUGGUGAUUCCUGAUAAGGCCAAAGCUUGGGGCCCAAUGUAUAUAGCCAAACUGAAAAAAAUCAUGAGUACAGGAAAAUAGUGACAUCAAUUUUAUAAGCCAUAUUGGUGUACUACAUUUAUUAUUUGAGGUCUCUGCAUGUUAAUAUUUAAAUAUAUAUAGCCAUUCUCCCUAGGUCCAUUUGGAAACCUGCUUAGUUAAUACUUUAGCAUCACCGAGCAUAAGAGCCUUAAAUUAUUUCAAAUGUAAUUUUGUUCCUAGAAAUACAUCUGCAGCAAUGAUUUCAGGUGGGACAGAUAAAGUUUGUUCUACAUAAUAAAUCUCCUGUCUUUUACUUUGUAUUUUAUAGUUAAAAUUAAUCAGAAUACAUGAUUUUAUGCAUAAAACAUUUAGGACUGCAGUUUAUGACUUAGGUGUUUAAACCUUUCCUUUUAAAAUGUACAUUUGCCAACACUCUUACCAUUUUCCUCCCUGUCAAGUGCACAGAUUCUUUUUGGUAAGAACCAAUUGGUAUUUAGAUAACAUCUUAAGUAGCACAAUUUCUAGUUCUAGUAAAAUAGGAUUCUUAUUUGUAAAGUUGUUUUCUGUUAUGGACUGUCAUCUGUUUACUGCAAGUCAGUAACUCUACUGAUGCCAGGUUCAUUUCCCCCCAUUUUUUAAAAUUCACAAAUACAAAUUGAAAGGGUAGAUUAUGUUGAAAAGCCUUUUGCACGUGUUUGACUUUCAGCAUUCAGCUUGUAUAAUAAUGGAGUCUAUCCAGCAGGCUAUAAAGCAAGUACUUGAAACAAAACUAGAAUGAUUAAUAACUGUAAUAACUGAACUAUAUUUGGAGUGUUUUGUUACAUAAUUGCAGUCAUAAUGAAUACUACAGAAUCUGAUUAUCUUACUGUUGCAAUCUGGAGGUACUUUUUUAUUUCCCUCGGUUAUAAAAUGUUAUAUGAGAGUGUGAUGUUACAUAUUAAUGCACAAGAGAGAGAGAGAGAGAUGCCUAAUAAGUUAGUUAUCCAUUACUAAGACCCCAAACCUUUCACUAAGUGGCUGUCUUUGUUUACAUAUACCCUGGGAGUUUGUGUAUGCUCCUUUACAUAUUUUUUAUACUUCAGAUUUUAGCUUCAGUUUUUUUAUUUUUUGAGAAUUUUAUACGUGAAUGUUGUUUUUGUAUUAUUUCCACCCUUCCUAGGCCCCCACCAACUCCUUCCUGUUCCUCCACUCCAUUCCCUCUAUUUCUUAACCUGUUUUUUCAUUAUUAUUGUUACAUAUACAUACACAUGCUUAUAAAUAUAUUAAUAUAUACAUAUACAUGCAUAUGUACACAUAUAUAUACAUAUACAUA